AUGGCCAGCAGCUCGCUCUUCCUGAGCAUGCUGCCGGCUGAGAUCCGCAACACCAUCUACGAGCUCGCUCUCACCGCCCCAGAACCUCUCCGUUGCUUCGAUCCGGUCCUCUGGGACGAGUACAACCCUUCUAAUAAGAGGCAUUAUCUCUACCUCCGUGCGACACCUACCGACGCGCUUGACGAACUUGCGUUUGAAUUUGACACUGUUGAGUACAACCAGCUCAAGUAUGUUAGCAAGGAAGUUUACGCUGAGACCGUUGGCUUGGAGCUUAAAUACAACGAAAUCACACUGCGUGUCUCCAGAAAGAACGGAUACGCGUCAUCUUACCUACUGCUGAACCGAUGGCUGUCGUCCAUACCCGUCACGAAAAGGUCGUGGAUCAAGACGAUCAACAUCACGAUAGAGACCAUGAGCCGUUGUGUGGAAGGUGGGCCCGAGGACGCGUAUACCCUUACUUAUCUUACAAGGCUAUGCAACGACAACCCCUCGAUGAGGGUCAAGUACUACUUGCCUAUGUGGCGCAUCAAAGUUCCAACAUUUCACAACUCGGAACUUACAAAAUGUCAUCCACUCCGGACUGCUCCGACUGUUAGCGACUUUAUUACAUAUGCUGCGGAUGUCUACUCGUACAUCCGCGGCGUAGGGUUUGGAAAGCUGUAUCCCGGAAUCGAUACAAAGUCAGCGCUCACUAGGGAGAUCUGGAGGCCGUAUCGCACCCUAAGUUUCGAUGAACCCGUGUAUCCGCCAGAUAUGGAAGCUAAAAACUUGACGUACUUUCCCAAUGUUUCUAAAAGCACGGAGCUACCCAUCAUCAAGAAGGAUAUGACAUGGGCGGCGCACGGCGAGGUCGUGCCAGAGGCAGAGCAAUGGAUCGGCUACAAGCACGCGAAGGAUUGGGUUGAGAAUGGCAUCUAG